GGCUGCUCCCGCAAUGGCUGCACUGCGGAGGCUCCUGUGGCCGCCGCCUCGGCUCCCGCCUCCGCCCUGCCCUCAUCAUCCCUUUCCUGGGCCGUGGGGGCGGCCUGCGGGGGUAGCCCCGGGCCCGCCUGGCCGGCCCUUCUCCUGCCGGGAGGAGGAAGAGGGGGCUGUGGCUGAGGCGGCUUGGAGGUGGCGGAGGCGCUGGGGGGAGCUGAGCAUCGCGGCAGCGGCCGGCGGGGGUCUGGUCGGCUUUGUGUGCUACCAGCUGUAUGGGGACCCGCGGGCCGACUCCGCGUGGGCACCCGCCCCGGGGCGCCCCUCGGAGAGCUCGGCCGCAGAGCCGGAGGACCCGCCCCGCGGCCGGGGGCUGCUUCCCAUCCCAGUCGCGGCUGCCAAGGAAACGGUUGCUAUCAACCGAACAGACAUUGAAGACUUAGACCUCUAUGCUACGUCUCGGGAAAGGAGAUUUCGUUUGUUUGCUUCUAUAGAAUGUGAAGGACAGUUAUUCAUGACUCCAUAUGAUUUUAUUUUGGCUGUUACAACUGAUGAGCCCAAAUUUGUUAAAACGUGGAAGUCACUUACCAAACAGGAAUUAAAUCAAAUGCUCUCAGAAACACCACCAGUUUGGAAAGGAUCAUCAAAGCUUUUUCGUAAUCUUAAAGAAAGAGGUGUGAUUUCUUACACAGAAUAUCUUUUUCUUUUAUGUAUUUUAACAAAGCCACAUGCAGGUUUUAGAAUAGCUUUCAACAUGUUUGACACUGAUGGCAAUGAGAUGGUGGAUAAAAAGGAGUUUUUGGUGCUUCAAGAGAUAUUCAGGAAAAAAAAUGAAAAGAGAGAAACAAAAGGAGAUGAAGAAAAGCGUGCAAUGCUGCGUCUUCAACUUUAUGGAUACCAUUCUCCUACUAAUAGUGUACUUAAAACAGAUGCUGAGGAACUUGUCUCCAGAAGCUAUUGGGAUACACUGAGACGUAACACAAGCCAAGCACUCUUUUCAGACCUCGCAGAGCGUGCUGAUGACAUUACAAGUUUAGUAACAGAUACUACACUUCUUGUACACUUUUUUGGAAAGAAAGGAAAAGCUGAGCUCAACUUUGAAGAUUUUUAUAGAUUCAUGGAUAACCUACAGACAGAAGUUCUAGAAAUAGAAUUCCUUUCCUACUCUAAUGGGAUGAACACUAUCAGUGAAGAAGAUUUUGCUCAUAUUCUUUUACGAUAUACAAAUGUGGAAAACACAUCAGUGUUUUUGGAAAAUGUGCGUUACAGUAUACCUGAAGAAAAGGGCAUCACAUUUGACGAAUUCAGGUCAUUUUUCCAGUUUUUGAACAACUUGGAAGACUUUGCAAUAGCCUUGAAUAUGUAUAAUUUUGCAAGUCGUUCUAUAGGGCAAGAUGAGUUCAAGCGUGCCGUCUAUGUAGCUACUGGCCUCAAACUUUCACCACAUUUAGUGAACACAGUCUUCAAGAUUUUUGACGUUGACAAAGAUGAUCAAUUAAGUUAUAAAGAAUUUAUUGGAAUUAUGAAAGACAGACUCCAUAGAGGAUUCCGGGGUUAUAAAACAGUGCAGAAGUAUCCCACUUUCAAAUCCUGUCUAAAGAAGGAACUUCAUAGCAGAUAAGUACUUCCAAAGCAAAGUUUUAAGGAUUAUUAUCUACACGACGAUGCAAGAAGCACAAAUUUCAGAGAAUGGAAGCAGGUCUGAGAUCAGAAC